AGCCGAGUGGCAGAGUGGAGAAGGAGGCGAUGCACAUGAACUGCUCUCUGUCGUUCCUGGAAGGGUAACAGUGUGAUCGUGGCCAUGAAACGACUCCACCCCACAGCACGUCCCGUUCAGACAGUCUAA